AUGGCGUCGUUGCGAAAUAUUGUCCUAGCGUUGGCGGUUGCCGUUGCACACGCAGCUCAAGGCAGUGAUAGCCAGAAGCCAAUCAUCCAGAAACACGGAAGCUCGGGGAAUCCGCUAAAUUCGGACAUUGCGAAAUUUGUUGCAGAAUCGCUCGGUACAUGGCACGUCCCGGGCAUGGCGGUUGGUGUAAUUGACGGUGACCACAUUUACACCGAGGGCUACGGCUACGCCACUCUCCCCGAUGUGCGUGCCACUGCCGACACGCUGUGGUACGGCGCGUCGACGUCCAAGGCGCACACCGCGGCGCUGCUCUCGCACCUCAUCCACUCGGGCAACCACAGCGCCGAGUUCACCCUGGGCUGGGAGACACCCAUUGCGUCCAUUAUCCGGGAGGACUUUGUGCUGACGGACGAGUGGGCGACGGCACACGUCACGCUCAACGACGCCGUGAGCCACCGGACGGGCAUGGGCCGGCACGACCUGGCGCUGCACCGCGAGCGCGACGGCCGGCCGGUGGCGCCGCGGGACGUGGUGCGCCGCCUGCGCCAUCUCGCCAUGACGGCGGAGCCGCGCGUCCGCUACUCGUACUGCAACCUCAUGUACACGACGCUCGGCCACGUCCUCGAGACGGUCACGGGCGUGUGGCUCGGGGAGGCGCUGCGGACGCACCUCUGGGCGCCGCUGGGCAUGGAGGCGACGUACUUUGACACGGGCGAUGCGCUGCACGCGCCGGAGCACUUUGCGGGCGGCUACGCGUGGGACGAGAAGCGGGAAAACUACACGGCGGUGGACUACAUGUCGGUGACGGAUGUGAGCGCGGCGGGCGCCGUCAUCUCAAACGUCAAGGACUAUGUGAAAUGGGUCAAGUGCUUGCUGGACGAGAGUGCGCCGUUCUCCAACAAGACGCAUGCGGACAUAAGAACGCCGCGGAUGUUUGUCUCGGCAGAGACAGAGGGUGGCAUGGAUUUAUCAACGUACGGCCUUGGUUGGAGCCGCAACAUCAUCCACGGGCAUACUGUGUUCCAGCACUCGGGAGGUAUGCACGCCUACGGAGCCGAGGUGUUUUGGCUGCCUGAGAUCAAGUUUGGCAUUGUUGCUUUUGGCAACACUGCCGUGUCGUCCAACUUUGCGGAGCUGGAGGUGGUGUAUCGUUUAAUCGAGGACAAGCUGAACAUCCCGGCUAAGCAAAGGAUUGACAUUCGAGCCAAGUCGAUGAAGACCCGCGACAGCACGCCUACCAGAGAACAGGCUAUUGAAAAUCUCUUCCCCAACCUGCCCGAGAAGCCACAGUUGGGGUCGUUUGAUGCCGGCCAGCUCGUUGGGCACUACAAGGACGAGGGUUGGGGCGACGUCACGUUUACGGUGGCAGAGGAUGAGGACACCGGCAAGACCGUUCUCGUUGGGCCGCGCCAGGACGCAUCAUUCAGGCACACAUUCGUCUUGGAGCACAUUACAGGCGAUUAUUGGCUCGUGCAAGCCGCGAUGAUCGGCAACAGUCGCUACACAAACACGUGGCUCCGUGCGAAGUUCUUCGCCGGAGUGGACGGAAAACCAGCUGGGAUGGAGCUAGACACGGCUGACGGCGCUGACGAGCCGGGCGAUGGAGUCAUCCAGUUUACGAAGAUCGAUUAG